GGUACUUCCUCCUUCCUACCACACUGGUUGCACUCAAACCAGUCAGUUUUAUAGGAAGUCGGGUAAUCGUGGCGAUAGGGCUCCAUCAGCUUGUUAGUGGCUGUUUCAAUUGACAUCUCUGCGUCUCUUUCUACGGCCUAUGUCACCGAGUUUACUCAGCAUAACCAUCCAGCUGUAGUGCUUUAAAGUGGUCGGAGCGCAGCCCUUUCUGCCACAAUGGCUGCGACGUAGCGUAACUUUUGGAUCCACGGUGGAUGAUCGACAGCGCUCAGAAGUGCCGCUGACUUUUACACACUUACAGGAGACACAGAGGAGGAACAAAACAUGAAGAAACAGUUUAAUCGCAUGAGGCAACUCGCCAACCAGACAGUUGGAAGGGCUGAGAAAACCGAGGUGCUGAGUGAUGACCUUCUACUGAUCGAGAGGCGGUUGGAGUUGGUGCGUUUGGUGUCGCACAACACACACAAGAGGCUGGUGUCCUGUCUGCAGGGUCAACUGGGCACAGACACCGAGAAGAGACAUAAAAAGCUGCCCCUGACAACGCUGUCCCAGGCCAUGCAAGAGGGAGGCAGUCAGCUGGGAGACGAGAGUCUGAUUGGCAAGAUGAUGGAUGUGUGUGGAGAGGCUGAGAGCAGGUUAGCGACUGAACUGAUGCAGCACGAAGUUCAGAUUGAGAGAGACAUUCUGGAACCUCUCAACCAGCUGGCUGAGAUCGAGAUUCCCAAUAUAUUCAAACAGAGAAAACAACUGGCCAAGCUGGUUCUGGACUAUGACUCGGCCAAGACAAGGUGGUACCAGGCAACAAAGUCCAACAACCAGGCUAUGGCCGCUAAGGCUGAUUCACUCAAAGACGAGAUGGACGAGUCUCUCAACAAAGUAGAAAUAUGCAAGGACCAGCUCUCUGCAGACUUGUACAACUUUGCUUCCAAAGAGGGAGAUUAUGCACGCUAUUAUGUCAUGUUAUUAGAGGACCAGGCAGACUACCACAGGAGGUCUCUGGCAGCUUUGGAGGCAGCUAUACCGACUAUUCAAAUACAGCAAGAUUCCUGGAUGGAGAAGCCGGCGUUCGGCACAGCUCUGGAGGAGCACCUGAAGAGGAGUAACCGUGAGAUCGCUCUGCCCAUGGAGGCCUGCGUCAUGAUGCUGCUGGAGACCGGCAUGAAGGAGGAGGGUCUCUUUAGAAUAGCCGCUGGAGCUUCGAAACUGAAGAAGCUAAAAGCGGCGCUGGACUGCUCCACCUCGCAGCUCGAGGAGUUCUACUCUGAUCCCCACGCCGUCGCCGGAGCCCUGAAGUCCUACCUCAGGGAACUUCCUGAACCUCUAAUGACUUUCGGCCUGUACGACGACUGGACACAGGCCUCCAAUGUGUCUGACCCAGACAAGAGGCUUCAGGCCUUGUGGAUGACAUGUGACCGCUUGCCAAAGACUCACAAAGCAAACCUCAGGUAUCUGGUGAAGUUUCUGGCUAAACUGGCUCAGGAUAGUGAUGUUAAUAAGAUGACUCACAGCAACAUCUCCAUAGUCCUUGGGCCCAACCUGCUCUGGGCAAAGACUGAGGGGACGCUGGCAGAGAUGGCAGCAGCCACAUCUGUCCACGUAGUCGCCAUCAUCGAGCCCAUUAUCCAGCAUGCUGAUUGGUUCUUCCCUGAAGAGGUGGACUUCAACGUGUCGGGCAUGUUUGCCUUGCCCACCCACCCAGCCACCCCAGACCCCGAACCCGGCCUGGAACGGAAACGCCCCGGCAGCCUGGUGGGGCAGGACGGGGACAGUCACACACCCCGUAAAGACAGCACUGUUAACAAACAGCCGGAGCCCACUCCACGUAGAGCCAGCACUGUAAUUAGAAAGCAGCCACAGGUUACCUCACCCACCUUCCAACCCCCACUGCCCCCUCUGGAAGCCUGGGGUCCUGCCCAGCCUGAGCCGCAGCCUCAGCUCCCGUCCCCGGCUACAGAGGCUGAGCAGCCUGGCCUGAGUGGUGCUAGUAGUGGUGGUGGUGUUGGUGGUGGUGGUCUGGGUGGUGGGGUCCAGGUAGCCACAGUGCAACAUCAGGUUGUAACCCAGCUCAGCGCAGAUGAAAGCAGCCCGGCUCGUGAGCUCAUGUCCACCCCUCCUCCCCAGAGGAAUGGUUCAGUCCAUCUUACAGUAGGAACCUCUCACUCUCAGGGUGGAUCAAGGGGGCCUAGUCCACACAUGGUUCGGAGAGGCACCAAGAAGCAGGCCCCUGCCCCACCCAAACAGUUCAACCCCUCUGUUUCCCAGCCCAGCAACACCCAGACACCCAGCUCCCCUUAUCACCCACCCAUCACCCCCCGACGCCACCCCAGCAAAGACAGCCCUAUCCACGCCCCGAGCCACCCGCCCCCGCAGCCUCCUCAAGCCCACCUGGCCCAGGGGGAGUCGGAGCCUUCUCCCCCCAGCACUCCCACCCCUCCUGACACUCCACCUCAUAAUGGAUCGCACUCCAACCCGCUGUCUUUACACCACUCUGGAUCUCUCCCUCGCCCCUCCAGGCCAGCACCCAAACCACGGCCCCGACCCAACAUGCCGCCGCCCCCACAACCUGCAGAAAAUGACAAUGGUAAUGCAAUCUGCGGCUCCGCCUCCAAGGUCAUAACAGACGGAGGCUUAUUUCUAAAGGGGAUUGGACGAGCCCUCAUCCCUGAGGUGAUUGCGGACCAACAAGGGGAGAGCUCUGCUGGUCAAGAGCUCGCCCCCGCCCAGAAUCUAGACCCUCAGAUCGAGACAGAGUUCACGGCUCUGUGAAGAUAAAGAGGGGAUCGCUGUCAUCGAAGUCCUCCUUCACUCAGCCGGUCCAUGUAACAGAUUUGAAGGUUUAGAAUCAAAUAUCAGACCGGAGACUGGAGCAUAUCGGUUCACCCCAGCUCCUCAUGCUCCACUCUCAUGAUGCCAGACUGCUUUCUCUGUUUUGCUGAGACUCGAACCAGAAACCUCAAAACUUGUGUCCAGCUAUUAGACUUCAUAUCAUACUCUCUUUGUUCUAUAUACUGCUGGGUAUUUUAAGAUUGGACUGCAGAGCCUUGCUAGCCCCAAGGCUAAUGGGACUUAAUAUAUGUAUAAUCUGAACACAGAGCAGCUGAACUGAAUGGGUGCUAAGCUUUCAAAGUUUUAAUCCUUUUAAAAAAAAAAAAAUGUUUUUAUCUUGUAGUCGAUACAAAAGGUUCAAUGCUAUGAAUGUUUUUGGAGACUCAAAUCUGUGAAUCUGGUUUUAACACCACCUUGACCCGAAAACCAAGUAUUUUCUUUUUUUAUUCAGCAUAGUGUGGAGAUAUUCUAGUGUUAGCCAGCCAUUGAUGAUCUAUUUAUCAGUUACAAAGGGCUUUUAAAUAAUUGUCACACACUUCAGCACCGCACCACACAUACCAGUGUAAAGGACCAAAAAAAAGGAUAUGGGUAUUUAAUUUAAAUGACAAUUUUGAGCUGCUCGGCUUCUAUUAUGGUUGUUAAUGACCAAAUAUUUUGUGCAAUAUAAAAUGCAGUUGUCUUCCAAUGGUGUCCUCUCCGCAGCACAUAUGCUGUCAUUUUGUGUAAUUCUAGUAAUCCAGUGGGGUAGAAUCUGAUUUUGUUUUACCAAGCUCAAAAUUGAUUUAAUGCUCAAAGAUUAGCUUUUAUCAUUAAAAAGGGAUUUUAUUAACAGACCGAUUGUGAUAAAUGUGUUUUCAAUACAUAGCUUGUCACUCCCACUCAAACUAAAAGCUACGACCAAAUACAGCCAAAUUCUUCUUUGUGUAUAAUUUUUUACCACGGCUGACAAUCUUUACCUUUUUUGGGAGGGUGUUUUUCAGCUCAUUGAUUAUGUUUUUUAUUUCUUCUCAGCAUUUUUAUGUUGGCUUUUCUGCACAUAAUACAUCCUACAAUGCAUCAUUACGCUUGAUAAUUAAAGGUUGUUCAACAUUUA